CACAAAUGGCGGGCAAACCGUCGAACGACGCUAACCUGUUAGGAAUCACCUCGGAAUGGUUCCUAGAUUAUUGUAUUUAUCAGCUUUGGAAGGAAUUCAAAGAAAAACACUCAUUUUCUGGCUUCUGGAGAAACGCUCUACAGGAUUACUUGUUAAGUGGUCGACACUCUGAAGUAAGGAAAGAACUCUCAGAUAAGCUCAAUUGCAUCAGAUUUAUUAUUGGAUUGUGGGAGUGUCAAGAAGAUGAUGUUGGUGGAAGUCAGGAAAGUUCCCCUUCUGACGAUGAAGGUCACUGUGAACAAAUCGAAAAAGGGAUGCUGGGACCGGAAUGUCUGAAAUUCUUCGAAAAAGUAACGUGCAUCUUUCCGUUUUCUCAGGCUGAGCGGUCUCAUAUGAAAAGCAGUUUAAAGUUACAGAUCAUCCUAUCAUGUUACAGAUGUGGUGACAUUCAAAAUGCUGAAAACUUGUUUUCUAGAUUGUACAGUGAGAAUGGUUAUGAUGAAGAGUAUCAAGAUGACCUCAGGGAGUUAUUUCAAUCUGAAAAUGAUACGUUCAUAGAAACAUUUUUGGGAAAGCACACGUAUGAAAAAUUUCUCAACCAAGUUCAGAAGUUUUUUACCCCAGCAUGGAAAAAGUUUGAAAUUCCAGUUUUAGAAGAGGCACCUUUGCUGGAGAAUGCAACCAAAGAAAGGCCUGGGAUUGAUGCAAAAACAAUAAAAGCCCUUUACUUUGCUUGGGAUACAUCAGAUGAAGUUGAAGAAAACUGGAAAAGUAUUGUGGAAGGAACCCAUCCUGAUAUUAGCAUUUUGAAGAAAAAAAUUGGUAGAGGAAAGAUAAAAACAACAUCUCCAAUUUUACCUCAACAAGGGGUUACAAAAAGCAAUGCAGAAGCAAGUAGCACAACUGCAGGGAGUAGUAUGGUACACAGGAUUCAGCAAUGUCAAGUAGUAAUCAAUAAUUUGAAACAAUCAUCUAAAAACCUUUUCUCUGGAGUAAGUAAACAGCACUCUUAUAAUGUGGCAGCAAAAGCUGGGCCAAGCAGAGUUAUCGAUGACAAAAACAAUGACAAGAAUGAUGAUGAUGGGGAGAGUGAGAGGCAUUGCAAGACCAUUGUUGCUCUACCAGUCAGCAUAUCUAGCCCUAGUGGAAGUAAUCAAAACAAAAGAGAGAGGAAAUCUUUAGAAAAACGGACAAUAAAGAGAAGGUAUAAUGAAAAUCAUAGUGAUGCUGAAGAAAUAGAUUGGGCCUCAGACGACGAGGAAACAGUGUUUAAGCACAAAUCAAUUACACUUCCUUCCCCGGCUAAACCACGACAUCUCAAUAUCAAGCUCCCUGUUGGUUCAGCAAAGAAGUUUUGGAGCGCUGAUGAAACAAGAUGGUUAGAAGAGGGUGUGGAACUAUAUGGCACAGGGAACUGGGCAAAGAUACUGAAAAAGUAUAACUUUGUUGGGCGAACAUCAGUUAAUCUCAAGGAUAAGUGGCGUAAUUUAAAAAAGAACAGUUGAUAAUGAGCAUGUAGAUGAAUGAGAUGGAUAGUUUAAUGUUUCUGUCUGUGAUGUAUAUAGUAAUUUUUGUAUAUUUAUGGAAAUUCCUUGCCAUCAAUAUUU